AUGCGAGAGACGUACGUGGGUCCGCUCGCUGUAAAGCUGCUGACGUUGCCAUCAAGCGGUCCGACAGCAGUACAGGAGACUAGUGGGUCAAAGUCCGUUCACGGCUUCGAGGCGCGCAAACGACUGCGCACGGAGCGAAAGGAGAGACUGGCACGUUGGCAGAGCAACAAACCAGGCGAAGAUGCCGACGAUCCCAGAGACGUGGUCGCGAUCGCCUUUGCUCAACGCAACAUGGGCGAUUACAAGCUGAAAACGGCUCCAGACUACGUGGUUCCAGAACAUCAGCGUGUCAACGCAGCGAAGAAAUUGAGGCAGAUGGCGCUCUUGGAGGAGAGUCUGUAUGCCGCACGCUUGCGAUUCAACGCCAAAGUGCUGGAGCUUCGCGAGUUGAAGGUGCAGCUGAUCAACGAGCUGCAUCGCGACCAGGAACGACUAGUCGAGCUUCGAGCCGCAUUAGCGUCCAGCGGCGCAACACCAUCCAGCGUGUCGUCCAAAGAUCUAGUUGUGGACCUUCGCGAGUGGCCGGAGCAGCGGGAGCGCGUAAGCGACGCCGACAUUGAGCUCUUCCUUCGAGAGCAGAAGGUGAUAUCACACGUGCAGACUCAGACUGGCGAAGCGGACUUGGCAUUGACGCGCAUCGGUGGGGCUGAGAAGCGUCUGCAAUCAGCAGAUCGAUCCAUCGCUGCCGUCGCACGAGCUCUGGAAGGAACGUCGGGAAAGGAGGCUGCAAAGGGCGUCACCAUUGGCCAUUUACAUCUGCAGAUGGACGACAGUACGGCAGCUGCUGCGACGGCUUCGUCUGCACACGCGGGCGCUUUAAAUGUAGAAAACAUGGACGAGGAUGACGUGGUUGUCCAUGAAUACUUGAUGCGCCAAGAAGCGCUACUGCUCGAGCGCAAGCAGCAACGCGAGAUAGCGUCGUUUGACGCUGCUGUGGCUCACCUCCGUCGCGAGAAACUCGCUCUCGAGGUCGGCUUCAAGCAAGCGGAACUUCGGCUGUUCACUCUCCUUAGCGAGUUGUCGCUGCUUGAGUCGUUCGAGAGCAAGGAAAACCUGUUGAGCAGUAAACUCGAGAAGAGUAAAGGGGAAAAGGCGCAGAUUGUGGCGGACCUGCGCGAUGUCCAAGACCUGCUGACGAUCAAGAAACGCGAUCUGGAUGAAUGGGCGCGACAGGAGAAGGCUGUGCAAGCAGAGUUCCUGACGCUUGUGAACGGCGGCACGGGGUCAAGUGCGACACCUCACCCGAGCUUUGCGGCGCUGCAGAAGCUGUUUAAGCGCAAGAUCAAGCGAGCUAAGAAGAAACCCGCUUCAGGUGGCAAGGAAGAAGGGAAAGAGCCUGACAGUGCGAGAGACGGCGAGUACCUAAAAUUUGUUACAAUUUAAAAUUUAGAAAAAAAAAAAUAAUUUUUGAUAAUAAAAAAAAAAAUCAAAUUAAUUUUGAAAAAAAUAAUAUUAUUUUUUUUUUUAAUAAUUCUUAUAAAAUAUUUUGUUCUAAUUUUGAAUUAUUUUUUAAUAAAAAAUUAUCAAUUUAUAAAAAAAA